GUUGCACAACAAAUGGUUGAGGAGCCAGCAGAACCUCAUACUCCUACACAGUCGCAGGUGCAACAACCAGUGGAAGCUGAACUAUCUGUUGGUGCAGAACAAUCUUCUCUUCCUUCACCAAAAACUCCAUUGAAUGAAGUCUCAAUAUCAACAUUAAUUUCAAGCACAAAAACAGAUUUGAAAUUGGACGAAAUUUUUGAAGACAAAGGAGAAAAAGAAGAUGAAGGAGAAGGAAAUGAGAAAGGUGACAAAGGAAAAAGACCUCAAAGGAUUCACAAACUACCGGCUGCCUUCUCUUCUCCAUAUUUGGUCAAGUAUCGAGACUUGUUCAAAAAUCUGGACACAAUGCAUCAAAGCCUAGCAGAUUAUGUCUUAAGUGGUCAGGACAACAGUGAGGUUCUUUAUUUUGAUGGAUACAACUACAUCAAUAGAGAGGACAUGAAAACACUGGUUGAUGAAGCGGAAGUGGUUGACUGUGUGAUUGAUUCAUGGUCAAAGUAUCUAAAUGCAAAGGGCCAUAAAGAUAAACUCUUCCUUUCAACAGUUCCAUAUGUAAGUAUAAUAAUUGAUGUUAUUUAA